AUGAAGGCCAUGUCGUGCCAUGCGGGUCGACACCUGCAAGAUCCUGCAAGUGCAAGUGACUUCAAGGCCCUGGGAGUUUCCGUGGGCCUGGUGGUGCUGAACACUUUGGUGGAUGCUUGCUGCAGAGCUGGGGACAUGAAGCGAGCAGCUGCGCUGUUGCAAGACAUGGUUCAUGCCAAAUUUGAUCUCCAGCCAGACCUCAUCUCCUACAGCACGCUGAUCAAGGGCUACUGCGUGCAGGGAGACCUGGAUGAUGCCCUGGAGCUCUUUGGCGCAAUGCGCCGAAAAGGCAUUAAGCCGGAUGCCAUUGUAUUCAACAGCCUCCUCGACGGCUGUGCUCGGAAAGAAAUGCCAAUGCUUUGUGAGCAGGUGAUUGAGGAUAUGGUCGCUGCUGGUGUGCAGCCAAGCAAUUACUCCGCUUCCAUCCUCAUCAAGUUGUAUGGACGCAUCUCAGACCUGGAUGCUGCCUUCAAGGUCCUAGAUGAAAUGCCGCAAAAGUUCGGAUUCCGGCCCAACACUGCUGUAUACACCACGCUUAUGUCUUCCUGCACAUGGAACGGAAGAAUGGACCUGGCAAUGGGUCUCAGAGAGCGGAUGCUUCAGGAUGGGCAGACGGCGGAUGAGAAAACCUUCCUGACCCUCCUGCGCGGAGCAACGCGAUUCGGGCAGUGCGAGCACAUUAGUACACUGCUGUGGGAGGUGGCUGAGCAAAGCAUGAGGCAGAGGAAGCCAUUGGUGGAGACAGAGGUGGUGCAGAACGCCUUGCAUACUCUCAUGAAGCGACGGGCGUGGAACCAGCAAGGUGGAGAAGAAUGCUUGCAGCACCUGCGUUGCGCUGGCUUCAACGUCGUUCGGCCCCAGGUUGCAACACCGGCAAAGGGAAAUUCACAGCGCCGGCUUGUGUCGCGCAAGUGCUGA